AUGAAUACAACUCUUGACUUAACUUAUAUUCCAGAUUUACUAUCUUACUCAUCUGGAUUUUUAUUGGAAGUUUUUUUCUUCAUAUCUUGCCUAAUUAUUCCUUUUUAUUUCUACGUGCAUAAUUUGAACUGGCACAAAGAAAAAGAUUUUCCCAUUGUUCAGUUUUUUUACAAAAUGGUCUUAUUUUCGUAUUUUUUAUUUUCUACAUUCAUAUUAUACUUUAUUGUGCUUUAUUUGAUAGUCAGGGAUUCGCAAGCAUACAAAACUAGUGUUAUCAUAUCAUUUUCGUUAAUUUUUGUUGAGUCAUACAUUUUUCACGUUAUACAACAGAUAAUUCAUAUCCUAUUGUUUUUAUUGGCAAUUGCUAAUUCUAUCAAAUACCUAUUAACACUCAAAUUUUCAAAUUCUCAGAUCUUUUUACUCAACCUGGUUAAAAAAUUGAAUGUGGUUCUGAUAUCGAAAGAUUUUCUACUUCUUUUUUUGUGUUAUCUCAACAGCAUCCAAUAUUUUAGUGAAAAUAAUCUGCAAUCGCUUUUAUCCUAUUACAUGAUAUUACUACUUUUUCUGAACAUUGUACUUCCUUUGCUCACUCCAUUAAUUUACAUUCCUGUUAUGAUUGUUACGCGAAAAAAUAGUCACCAACAUUCUCAGCAACACAUUUAUCUACAUGAGUACGUUUUUUUCCAGAGUUGUCUAGUUAUGUUCUUCAAGUUGGUCACGCUUCCAUAUUUUCUAUCAAAUUUAGAAUACAAUUGUGCAUCGACUUCAAUGCUAUCAAUGUCGUUAGCUGAUGUUGUAACUACACCUUUGAUAAUUCAAUUGUCGUACUUGAAGUGUAAUAUUCACGAUAGUCGUUUUUGGUAAUGUGGAAAAUUCUGUGCAUCCCAAUUUGUCUCGCAUCGCAUUUUCGAUUACCUAAUUAUAUUACCGAAGCUACACCGGAAGUUUCUUUUUGGUAUUGACAAAUAAAAUGAAUACUGUACUUUGAUAUACACAAUAAACGUAUCUAUAGAGACAAUUCGAUUUUGAUUGAAGGUGGAGUACGGCCAGUUGCCAAGAAUAUAAUAUGAAAUUAUUUCUAUGGCGCUAAAAUGACCAGAUAAUAAAUUUUUUCAAAAAAUAUUGGACAAUUUUUUCAAACGACACUACGACCUGUAUCUACUAGCUUCUAUUUUGCUCGGCAACUGGUGUCAUCUACUUUUCGAUUUAUCUUUUUAAUUUUGUUUCAGGAGAGUCUACUUUAUCCUCUAUUAUGGAUCACUGAUGCCUUCUAGAAUUCUCCAGCAGACCUACAAGCGGAGACUUAGACGAAAAAAUAACUGCGUCUCACCAAAAUAUUUACUCUCUAGAUUUUUGAUGCAUCGAAGUUGGCUCUCUGGUCGACGACAACAACACAACAGAAAAUAACUCGAGAAGUCUAGAAAAGGAAAACAAAAACACAAAGUCUCGUAUAAAAAGGGCGAGAUUUUCAGGUUUUCACAAACCAACCCCAAAAUUUCUAUAUCGUCUACUCAACUUUUUCAACGAAAAAAAAAUGUCUGUCAGCCCAUUCUUCAACCCAAAACGAGACUCUCAACUCGGUGAAAUGAUGAGAGAUAUGGGCGGAAUGCAACGCCGGCUUAUGCCAAUUUCUGGAACUUUUAACCCAAUGACCGAUGAUUCAUAAUGAAUUCCAAUGAUAAAUUUGCUGUAAAUCUCAAUGUCUCCAACUUCAA